UAUUAAUUUCAUUUCUACACGUAAAAGUUGUUCAGUUGUUGUUGUACUAUAGUUUUAUUAUUUUCAAAUUGUACAGUUAUGUUCUUUUAUUCCAACUUUCAGCAUUUCCGGUCUUCCGUCAUCUGAUCCAACAACUGAAAAUGAGAUUAUACUUUCCGGCCACAUAAAAAGAUUGCAGCCAAUUUCAAGCAAAAGCUGAAUCGGAUCGUCUCCAAAGGUAAUUCCAUGGCGGCCAGGCACAGAAGGCUUCUCUCUUAUCAAAAUUCAACCUGCGUUGAAGGUGAUGGGUGCUAUUACCCAGGCUUCGGAGACUAUUUCCCCCCUCUGCCGCCGCCGCCGCCACCGCAAUCAAGACCCGGCAAACACUCAAUCAGCCUCUCUCAGGACGCAGUCAUCGCCGGGGUGGUGGUGGUCAGUUCCAUCUUCAUCAUCAGCUACUACCUAGUCGUCGUGAAGAACUGUUUCGGGUGGAUCCGGCGAAGACCCGCCGCUCAGGGGUCGCCGGACGGCGGGAAUCAAGAGUUCCUCGACGAGAACCGCGGUCCGAUGAUCGACCACCCCAUCUGGUAUAUCCGGACGAUCGGACUUCAACCCUCGAUCAUCAAUACGAUCACGAUUUUGAAGUAUAAAUUUGGGGAUGGGUUGAUUGAAGGAACAGAUUGUUCUGUUUGCCUGAGUGAGUUUCGGGAAGACGAGACUCUCCGGUUACUGCCUAAAUGUAACCACGCCUUUCAUAUCCGUUGUAUAGACACGUGGCUAAGAUCGCACACGAAUUGCCCCCUCUGUCGCGCAGCCGUCGUCUCCACCGCCGUCACGCCUGCCCGGACUCCCAAUCCCCCAGGCAGUGCUGGAAGUGAAUCGAUUCAAGAGCCUGAAAUUCCUCACUUGCCGGAAAUUCAAGAGAACAGAGAGACAACUGGUGAAGAACAAGCCGACGAUCACGAAACGAACCGCGGCGGAGACCGGAAGCGGGACGGAAUUGUUGUGGGUAACAGUAUAAUGAAUACAACGAGGUCGUUGUCUCUUGACUCUUCAAUUGCGGCGAGGUUUUUGGAUGAAAGAGUUGCCCGAGUAGGCGGAGUAGCCUGUCGGAGUAGCCCCGGAAGGAAUCCGAGAACUAACGGCGGCGGCGGCGGUGUUGGGUCAAUUGCAGCGUGUUUGCACACAAGGCCAGUUUUAAUGAAAAAGUCAUUCUCAUAUGGAGGGAGGUCAAUGUUUUCCAGACAUUGACCGAAUAAUGAACUGGCUUUCUUGCUGCACAUCUGAAUUGAAUGAGCAGAUUGCAGCAGCGGGAGGACGGAAAUUGUAUAGAUGUAUUCAAUUUGUCCUAAUUUAGCCCUGAUAAUAUGGCUUCAUGCUUUUAAUGUUAUGAUGAUGAUGAUACAAAUGAUAUACAUAUUCUCUAGAAUGUAAACAUGCUUAUUUUGUUCUAAUCAAAUUCAUAGUAGGUAUAGAUUAAGAG